AAAAAACCGAAGCGGUGGCGUUUGCUGCACGUUCCGGACCUGCCGCCGGAAAGGAAGACCGCGUGAAGUGCACAUUUUGCCAUAAGACGGGUCACGAAAUUGAAAAUUGUUUCCGUCGGACUGGAGUUUACCCCGACUGGUGGCACGACAACCCAACCCGGCAUGACAACCCAGGCCGGUCUGGACCGAGCCGUGGAGGAGGAAGACGGGCUGGAGCUAACCGUGGAGGUUCCGGACGCGGAGGUGCUGGACGAGGUGCAGGUCGUGGAGGCGUGCAAGCCAUGCACGUGGGAGACUAUCAGCCAGAGAAUCAUGGACUGCAAGGAGGAAAAGAAACGACAAUGCAUAAACCGGGCUUCACUGAUGAACAGUGGCAUAUGUUUGUCAAGCUAAUGGAGAACUGUAAGGCCACAAGUACAGAAGAAAAGCUCUCAGGACCUACUUACGAGGAUGCCGAUUGGAGUGGGUAAACG